AUGCAUAAUUCAAAAGAAACUAGUAAAAAAUUUAAAUACGAUAUAAGUAAUAUAGGAUCUUAAAAUAUUUCUAUUUCUAUCCUUGAUAAAUUGAUUGAUUAAAACUAAUUUUAAUAUGAUUAAAAUUAGUUCUAUUAACAAUAUUAAUAAAGUAAUAAAAAAACUUCCAAAAUAAUACAAUAAACAGUAGGAUAAGAUGGAAAAGUAAAAAAAAUAAAAAUAUAAAAAAUAUAUCUCUAUAUAUAGAUAACAAGAUUUUAUGAAGAUUAAAAAAUUGAGUAUAUAUUCGCAAAUAAAGUUAAAAAAUAAGUUUUUCCAAAUAAAUAUUCUAUUGUUAAUUUUAUAAAUUAAGAUAUAAAAUAAGUACUACCUGACGAAACUAUAAUUUAUUAUUUCGCUGAUGCUUUUACUACGUAAACUACUUUUCCUAAUGGAGUCAAUGUUUAUAAAUUUCCUAAUGAUUAAUAUGAAAUACACUUUCCAAAUGGAUAAAAGGAAAUUAAAUUUUGUGAUGGAACAAUGAAAUUUAUAUCAGAAACUGGAGAAGAAGUAACAUAUUUUGAAGAUGGAACAAUAUAAACAUUAGAUGUUAAUAAAGUAAAGAAAUGUAGAUAUAAAAAUGGAGAAGAAAAAAUAUUUUAUCCUGAUGAUUAUGAAGAAAAUUAAUAUAUAGAUGAAGAUGAUGAUUAUUAUUGA